UUGUAGAUAUAUUUUUAUAGUGAAAAUUGCGAUAACAUUACAAUAUGGAUGUUCGAAAAAAUAAUAUAUGGUUAUGUUUGUGAACCCAUGAGUACCUAUAGACCCGUGUUUAUCUAUUUGAUUGGAUUUUUACUUCUAAAACUCAUCAAUAUUUUAUAAGUUUUUUAAUGGUACUUGCAUUGAAAACGUGUUUAGAGAAAUCCAACCCAACCUAAUCCAUUGAUAUCCCUAGUUAACAUAGUUAGUACUCUAAUAUUGAAGACAGGCCCAUUGAGUACUUCAUUUAGUGGGUCACCAAAGUCGGGCUCGUGGGGUGAGGAUGGAACUAUUAUUGGGCUUGAUAUAUUGCCGACAUAGACCCUGAGAUAGCAUAGCACCGAAGCACCUGGCUGGAAGUUUUCCCACCGUUUGUUCAUCCCUGCAUCAUCAACUUAGUUCGAGGAGAGGCAAACCCGAUUCGUGAUCGAAUUCCCCUCCCCAGAAAUCCCUACCGGAGAUAAUGUCGUCUACCUUCAGCGGCGAUGAGACCGCACCUUUCUUCGGUUUCCUCGGGGCCGCUUCGGCCCUCGUCUUUUCAUGUAUGGGAGCAGCCUACGGGACGGCGAAGAGCGGCGUGGGAGUGGCGUCGAUGGGGGUGAUGAGGCCGGAGCUGGUUAUGAAGUCGAUUGUUCCAGUUGUUAUGGCUGGAGUGCUCGGUAUCUAUGGUCUGAUUAUUGCUGUUAUCAUCAGCACCGGGAUCAACCCUAAGGCCAAAUCGUACUACCUCUUCGACGGCUACGCACAUCUUUCGUCUGGAUUGGCCUGUGGUCUGGCCGGACUCUCUGCUGGCAUGGCCAUCGGCAUCGUUGGGGAUGCCGGCGUCAGAGCAAAUGCUCAGCAGCCAAAGCUCUUUGUUGGAAUGAUUCUGAUUCUCAUCUUUGCUGAAGCGUUGGCUUUGUAUGGUCUCAUUGUUGGCAUCAUCCUGUCUUCCAGGGCAGGUCAAUCCAGAGCAGAGUAAGUUCUGGAUUGGUUGUUUUCUUCCCAAAUACUUGGUAGCUGUGAGCUGGAUGAUAUUAUGCCCACCGAGGCUGUGCGAUAGUUGUAAAUCUAUUCCUCUCUAAACACUCAACUUCGCCAAACCCAUGGCUUAUUAUGUUGCAUUUGCUGGUUUUUUAUGACUGGAAGUAGAAUUAUCCCCCCUGGAAAUAAACACUGGUGUCACCUUCUCAUUGUAUUCUGUUCAAAUAAGUGUUCAUCUUCAUCUUGUCAAAUCUGUUUUUUCUGCCGUGCUUUUACCUUCGCUAUCGAGCAAGCUUGAAAUUUUAGCAAUGUCUGAUUGAGGCUUCCCUGGAUCUUUGGUCUAUGUGAUUGAUGAGUCUGUGCCAAUUCCAACUAGAGUAAAGGACAGCUUUCUUU